AUGGACAGGCACAGGUGCCGGAUCUGCUUCCGGCGAUUCUCUAAUGGCCGCGCCCUCGGCGGCCACAUGCGCUCUCACGUCGUUAAUGCUUCCACCGCCGCUGCCGCCGGGCAUCGGAGGCCGAAGCCCCCCUCGCUAUCCGGAUUAUCGUCGUCUUUCUUGGAGGCGACUACGUAUGAGUUCCCCAGGCGCCGAAGCUUCCGCGCCGUGGAUCCGGAGUUUUCUUCUUCUGUUGCCGUGGCAGAGAGCGGCGGUGCCGGAUCCUCCUAUGUCGGAGAGAGCGAGGCGGAUUCGUCGUCUUUCCGACGGCGGCUCGUUCGUCCUCGACGAACUGAAGGUUUCUCCGAUGAGGCCGAGCGGCUCAGCUCCGUCUCCGAUGGCGCUCGUGAAGAAGACGUCGCGCUCUGCCUCAUGUUGCUCUCGCGUGACACUUGGUCCAAAUCGAAAAUGGAGCGCCGCCAAUCCCUUGACGAUGAGGAAAAAGAGGACGUAGACGACGAGUUGACGCUUCUCGCCGCCGGUAAAUCGUGCACGAAGAGGACCAAAUACCAGUGCGUCACUUGCCGGAAGUUCUUCAAAUCGUAUCAAGCGCUCAGCGGUCACCGGGCGAACCAAAAAAAUGAAGGAACAGAGUGCACCCCGACCACCACCGGAGUCCGAAUCCACGGCAGUGGCCUGAGGCCCACCACCACCAACACCGCCAAGCUCUACCAGUGCCCUUACUGCUCAAGGACCUUCAUCUCCGGCCAGGCCCUCGGCGGCCAUAAAAGAUCCCAUCUCGCGACCGCCACCACUACGUCGCCGGCUCCCCUCAGCAUCAAAGAUGAUGGCUUCAUAGACCUCAAUCAGCCAGCUCUAUUCGAGGAAGAAACCGAGCUCUCCGCCCUCUCUGUCGCCACUGAGAUCGCAUCAAAGUGA